GUAAGGGAAAAUGAAUCCUCAUUUACUGGAAAAAGAAAUAAAAAAGAAAAGAAAAGAAAAAAGAAAAAAGAAAAAACGUUGAGUCGGAAAUUUUGCUAAACCUUUGCCCGUAAAAAAACCAACUGCUCAGUCAUGUCGUGUGCCACUUCAAUGUCCAAAAAGUAAAGAAGAAAGAAAGAAAGCCUCCACUUUGAUCUUCGUCGCUAAGUUUCCCUCUCUUUUCCACCCAACAACAACAACCCUUUUGUCCACCGAAUCCCCCCAGAAAUACCCACAAAAAAUGCGCCUCUUCUUUUGCCUAAUCUCCGCCUUAGCCUCCGCCGUCGUCGUCGUCGCCGGCACGGCGGCUACCUCCCUCAACCAUUUCCCUCUCCACAGAACCUUCCCCCACUUCCCAACUCCCCACUUCCACUCCCUCACAGCUCGCGACCGCCUCCGCCAUUCCCGCCUCUUGCGACGACUCGCCGGUGGCAUUGUCAAUUUCUCCGUUAAAGGCUCCUCCGAUCCUUUCGUUGGGCUUUAUUUCACCAAAGUGAAGUUGGGAAAUCCUGAGAGGGAAUUCAAUGUGCAGAUCGAUACUGGGAGUGACAUUUUGUGGGUCACUUGUAGUCCUUGCGAUGGCUGUCCUCAAUCAAGCGGACUUGGAAUCGAACUCAACUUAUUUGAUGCUACAAAGUCAUCCUCUGCUAGGGUUGUUCCCUGCUCAGAUCCAAUAUGUGCUGCAAUUCCAACCACCAGGGAUCAAUGCUUAUCUCAGACUGACCGUUGUGGUUACACCUUCCAUUAUCGGGAUAGAAGUGGGACGUCGGGCUUUUAUAUUACUGAUUCGAUGCAUUUUGACAUACUUCUGGGGGAGUCAACGAUUGCAAAUUCUUCAGCCCCUAUUGUUUUCGGGUGUAGCAUAUAUCAGUAUGGGGAUUUGACUCGGGCAACCAAAGCACUUGAUGGAAUUUUUGGGUUUGGUCAAGGGGAGUUCUCAGUUAUUUCACAAUUAUCUUCUCGAGGGAUUACGCCUAAAGUAUUCUCCCAUUGUUUGAAAGGAGGGGAAAAUGGAGGGGGUAUCUUGGUUCUUGGUGAGAUUCUGGAGCCCAGCAUUGUUUAUAGUCCACUUAUUCCAUCUCAGCCGCACUAUACCUUAAAUUUACAGAGUAUUGCACUCAGCGGGCAACUAUUUUCAAACCCCACUGUGUUUCCGAUAUCAAAUGCGGGAGAAACUAUUAUUGACUCUGGGACAACUUUGGCAUACCUUGUGGAAGAAGUUUACGAUUGGAUUGUCAGUGUGAUAACUUCUGCUGUUUCUCAAUCAGCCACUCCCACAAUUUCAAGGGGUAACCAAUGUUAUCGAGUCUCUACGAGUAUAGCAGAAAUAUUCCCUGAGAUUAGCUUUAAUUUUGAGGGUAUUGCAGCCAUGGUGGUGACACCAGAAGAAUAUCUUCAGUUUGACUCCAUAGAACCGGCUUUAUGGUGCAUAGGUUUUCAGAAAGCUGAGGAUAGAACAAAUAUUUUAGGAGAUCUUGUUUUGAAAGAUAAGAUCAUUGUCUAUGACUUAGCUCGACAACGGAUUGGAUGGGCGAAUUAUGACUGUUCAUCAUCUGUAAAUGUUUCUGUAACAUCUGGGAAGGAUGUUUUCAUCAAUGAAGGACAGCUGAGUGUAAGCAGCUCCUCAAGAAAGCAUUUCUUUCAGCUGCUCAACAUUGUUAUUGUAUUACUAAUACAUCUAAAAUUGUUCUGAAGUCCAUUUUUGUUGAUAACCCUGAGGGUUCUCAUCUUCAUUAUUUGCGCUAGCUGCAUUCGUCUGGCCAAUCUGUAUUUUAAAUGUUUGGUCGGGCUGCUUAUCAAGGGACAUUCACAAAUGUUCCCGUGCUGCCUGCAUCUUAUGUCUGGCUCAAUGCAGGUGUCCUUUUCUUUGAGCUCGUUGUUCAGCUGCUACCCGUAAAAGGAUCUGCUCUUAGGUGAGAGCUGUACAUUUUGAAAUUUUUGUCAGAUCUCUGAUAGUGUUUCUAAAGAAAAUGGGUUGUCAAUGACCUUUAGAUUAGAGGUAGAAAUAGAGAUUGAGAGAGCUUGCGUCGCUGUAUGCAUGAUCUAUUAAUCAAAUAGCAUCUGAUUAAUAUGUAAUAUCAGCUGUUAUUUUGUUUUGGCUCA